AUGGACACAUUUGACCUGGUCGUCAUCGGCACUGGCUGGUAUGGUCUGGCCGCCGCAAAGACAUACAUCGAAUUACAUCCGGCUAAAAAUGUGGUGGUUCUCGAGGCGAACGCCUCUGUUGGAGGAGUCUGGGCGGAAGAUCGCCUGUAUCCUGGGCUCAAGUCGAACAACAUGUUGGGGACGUAUGAAUAUCCUGAUUAUCCCAUGGACGAGGCUCGCUAUGGCGUGAAGCCCGGACAACAUAUCCCAGGCACGGUUCUUCAUCGAUAUCUCACCGACUACGCGAAAAGGUUUGGUGUCUACAGUCGCACACGUUUCAAUACCAAAGUCGAUUCUGUCACGGCCACCGAAGAUGGUGGCUGGCUGCUUAAGACAUCGUCCUCUGAGAAUCCGACUCUACGGACCAAGAAACUGAUAGUGGCCACCGGCCUGACCUCGCAGCCCUAUGUACCACAGCUACCUGGAAUGCAAGAGUACCAGGGCUCGCUGUUCCACGUCAGAGACUUCGCAAAGCAUGCGACUACCCUCAACGAGGCGAAGCACGCCGUCGUCAUCGGAGGCGCAAAGUCCGCAUGGGAUGUCGCUUAUGCCUAUGCCGAAGCCGGGGUUCCCGUUGACAUGGUGAUCCGUAAGUCGGGCCAUGGACCUGUGUGGAUGGCUCCGCCGUACGUGACGCCACUCAAGAAGUGGUUGGAGAAGCUUGUGCACACUCGCUUGCUGACCUGGCUGAGCCCUUGCAUCUGGGGUGAUGAAGACGGCUACUCUGGCGUUCGGUGGUUCCUCCACGGCACUUUUAUCGGCCGUGCGAUAGUCAGCACAUUCUGGAAGAUCCUUGCUUCCGAUGUCAUCGCACUGAACAAGUAUGACUCUCACCCUGAGCUCAAGAAGCUGAAACCUUGGGAUCCGGCUUUCUACGUUGGAAGUUCACUAAGCAUCCACAACUAUCCCACAAGUUUCUUCGAUCUGGUCCGAGAAGGCAAGGUUCGCGUCCACAUCGACGAGAUUGCACGCUUCGGCGCAAAGUCAAUCAGCCUUGCGUCCGGCGAGUCCAUCGACGCUGAUGCCGUGGUGCUCGCCACAGGAUGGAGAAAGGAGCCUUCCAUCGAGUUUCUGGGAGGUCUCGAGGCUGAAGUUGGCCUGCACCAUUCGCCAUCGGAUCUAGAGGAUCUAACCAAAGAGGCUGACGUCGAGAUCCUUCAGCGAUUUCCCAGCUUGAAAACCCAGCCUAAACGGAAAACCCAGCUUGAACAGACACUGGCCGAGAGAAUGCACCAACCUCUCCGGAUGUACAGGUUCAUGGUUCCCCCUGCGAUGGUAUCGGGCCGCAAUCUGGCCUUUGCCGGCAUGGUGUCAACCAUCACGACUUCGAUCUGCGCCACCGUCCAAGCCCUUUGGAUCUCGGCCUUCUUCGACGACAAGCUCGAUAGAUUGCCCAAGUCGGAAGACGAUAUCAAAUGGCAGACGGUCUUGCAAACCCAGUUCGGUCGAUGGCGGUAUCCGAUCGGCUAUGGCCCAAGAUUCCCCGACUUCGUCUUCGACGCCGUGCCGUAUCUGGAUAUGUUGUUGCGCGACUUGCGCGUCGGGUCAUAUCGGAAAAAAGGCAAGAUGGCCGACAUAUUCGAUCCUUAUGGACCGCAGGAUUAUGUUGGUGUGGUGGAGGAAUGGAAGAAGGGACAUGCUCCUGCAAUGACCGAGAAGGCUUGA